AUGACCGGAAAGUGCAAAGAUGCAAACUUCACUGCCACACAAUGCAAAGAGAUUGGUGGAUUUUCAGCUCAAGAGUGCAAGGCCGCUGGCUUCACGGUGUGUGACUGCAGAAGUGCAGGCUACCCAGUGAGAGAACUGAAACGCAUUUUUUCCUCAGCCCUUGAUUGGAAGACUGCUGGCUUCAAUGCCCGAGACUGCAGGGAGGCAGGCUUCUCUGCGAUUGAUUGUGCCAAUGCCGGUUUCACGGCACAUGAGCGUCGCUGGGCGGGCUUCCUGGACAUAGCAUACGAGGAAGAACCCGAUCGAGAUGCACACUUUGGAUCCGGAUCGACCGACCUCGCUUCGAAGCUCGGCGACGCGUCGCGACGCGUCCGGAACAGAAAAGAGGCGGCGCCGGUUCGCACGCUGCGGGGCACCGCCUCCGCGUUCCGGGCCGUUCCGGGCCGUUCCAGACCGACCCGCGGGGAGGCGCGGGAGUUCCUGCGCUCCGCAGACCGAAGGAAGACCACCGGGCGAGGACACCGCUCUGGUGGCUUAGAGAACGGCUUGCUGGAGCUGGGCCGCGCCACGUCGGCCACCAGCAUUGCCACCACCUGCCCGUCGCUGACGAUCGCCAGCCGCGGCACUGUCUCCUCCCUGGGCUUUGGAAGUCGAAGCUUAGAGCCCUUGCAGCUCCGUCGUGCUGAGACGGAGGAGAGCGAGCCUUUGAGGACGUCCUCAAAGGUGCUGAGAACCACAGGAGGCUCCCCGCGAGGCGAUGUCGCGGCCUCGCGCUCGAGUGGGAGCCUCACCUCCCUAGGUGACCUGAAUGGUAUCGCUGAAGCAGAGCUAGAGCUCAGUGGAGAGCUGGAGCUUGGUGAGCUGGGAGAGGCGCCUGCGGGGCAGGCGCAUGCCCGGCUCAAGGAGCUCAAAGGCAAUGGGCAGGCGCUGCCGACAAUGCUCGCCAGGUUUAAGGAGCUCAGGAAAAGUAAGUCCAAAGGCAAAAGGAAAGAAAAGAAGGAAAAGAGAGAAGCCGACUGCGAGGAGCGAGUGAGGAAGGCUCAGGCGGAACCCGUGAGGAGCGAGGCGGAGAGAUCUGUUGCGGUGAAGGGCGGCAGCUUCGUCUGGCUUCGGGGAGAGCUGUUGGGCCGUGGCAGCUUGGGCUCUGUCUGGAAGGGCACCAACCGGCAGACAGGGCAGACCAUGGCUGUCAAGGAGGUCAUCAUCGAUAACCUUGAUGAUUCCGACAAAGACUUCUCUCAGUCGCUGCAGGUCGAGAUUGACCUGUACAAGCAGUUGCAACAUCCCAAUAUCGUGUCCUACCUCGGGAAUGACCGGAUCAAAGAUCGUUUCUACAUUUAUUUGGAAUAUAUGCAAGGAGGGUCAGUGUCACAGGUUCUACACAGGGAGGGACCUAUGAGUGAACCGCUGAUCGCUUGCUAUGCCCAGCAGCUACUUCAGGGCUUGAAUUACCUCCACACGCGGGAGCCUCUCAUUUUGCACCGAGACAUCAAAGGCGGCAACAUCCUGGUGGGUGAGAAGAGGACGGUGAAACUCGCGGACUUCGGCUGUUCGAAGCGUUCGGAAGAGACCUGUCAACAUACACUGAGGGGUUCGAUCCCUUGGAUGGCACCGGAGGUCAUGAACGAGCGCGCCUAUGGGCGUAAAGCCGAUGUCUGGAGCUUGGGUUGCGUCUUCAUCGAGAUGGUCACCGCCCAGCCGUGCCUUGGCGGUUCGGUGGGUGGAGAAGGAAGGUGA